CGCACGGGCACGGGCACGGGCACCACCCGCACGCGCAUGUGCAUCCCCACGCGCACGUCCACGCACACGCGCCCACUCUGCACGCCCCCGCGCCUGUCCCCGCGCUCCCUGCCCCGCCGCCCGACGCGCCGUUGCCCCUGUGCCAAAGCAUGACCGCGACCCCGCCGCCGCUGCCGCCGUCCUCCGGCUCUGCCUCGGGCUCGGGGACGAGCACGCCCAACGGCGGGAGCGCAGCCGCGCGCGCGCACUUCGUCGCGACGCUGCAGAGCAAGAGCGCGUGGGACGCGAUGGUGCACGGGACGUGGAUGUGAGCGCGGGCCCCCCGGGGACCUCAGGUUCCCUUCGUGUGUGAGGAUGGUGGGCGCAGUUGCCAGGGGUAUCGGUGAUAGAUGGCGGCUGCGGUGGUGGUGGUGGUGAUGAUGGCGAUACGCCGUCGGGUAAGAGUGGGGGUUGUAUGUAUGGCUUCUGCGUUCCUCUUCGUAGGACGAGUCCUCCAUUAUUCUCUUCUCGUUUGUUUUCUCUCUGUACUCUGUCUGUACCCGUCGUCUCCGUCCCGUCUAUUCUAUCGCCCAGUCUCGUCCAUCAGCCCGUGAGCUCGCGCGCCGUGUGUGAUAUGUAUUAUACACACUCUCUGUAUGCUGCGUGUACGCCAGACUCGGCCGUUAUGGCAUCGUAUCUCUUGUAGAUCUUCCUCGUUCCUC